AUGUCAGAAUCAUCUCUUGCUAUAAUUAAGCCAACUGAAAUUAGAACCGAGACGUCCACAUCCCUCCAAGCCACACCAGGAGACCUGAUGUCUGAGCCACCACCACCAUAUUUCCAGGCGUGGUUCAUGCCUGGUACCAGUUAUGAAAAACUCAGCCAGCAUCUCCCGUGCAUCUCCGAUAGUCUUCCCCAAACUUCUGGGAAACUCGCUGUGAGCUUCAAUCAGCCUGUCUCUGUACUAGCAUUUGCAGCUAAUGACCCAUAUUACUUGGUUCUACAGCCGAUCCAUAACAACACCCAAAAGACUGGACUUCAGAACCAAGCUAAAUAUAUAGUAAUAGAAAGUAAAAACCCAUGUCUACUAUAUUCCUUAAGUGAACUGAACGACGGCAUGCAGGACAUCCCGGUUAGAGAUAUAUAUAUCUGGAUACACCGCCCGAAUAAUCACGAGACCAUCUCCAGACUCAGCAGACAGAGCUGGAAGAUGGAAGCCCCUCACAUUCAGAAGGAAUACAAGACGCUCGCGGAGAUAGAGAAACGGAACCAUACCACAGCACAUCCAGAAUAUUACUUUUCACUGUUAAACAAGCGGGAAAAGCCGCGGACUGCAAAAGACUAUUCUCAGGAGUUGGCAUUACAUUCAAAAACAUUCUCCAACUUCAGCCAGGACUCACAGCCUGCCGCUUGGGCCCCUUUAAUGGAUAAUAAUGGCACUUGUGAAUGCUCAACAGGAACUUUUCCUAAGGAAAAGGGAAUUCUUUGGAUGUCUUAUCCCCAGAUAACCUUUGCUGAGCAUGGCUCAAAAGACACCCAGCCUCGUUUACCUGUUACCACGGGGCAAACAGAGAUACCUGCCACUGCUUGCUUGGUUUCCCAGCCUGCAGCUCCUGGAAUCAAUGCUGCCAAUCGUCGGUCUGCUUCACUGCCCCUUAAUAACACCGCCUAUAAUACUCGGGCUACCGCCAAGGCACAUCCUUCACAGACCAGCUCUUUCGUCGUCAUAGGCACUUUCACUGGCAUACCCAUUCCAGUUACAGAAGCAAUAUUGGAGUGCGUGAACGGCUCCUCUUGCAAUGAAAGCGACUUUCUUACGCUCUUCAGCGAGCCCACACCGCUGGUGAAUCCCACCCCGUCUGUGUCCUGGAUAGAGGCCGAACUGGCAGAGAUGAAGGCGAAAGACCGACACGACCCGCAGCACUACGAGUCUACUUCAGGUGAUUUUUCAGUGCAUGACAGGCAAAUGACCGGGUCAUCACUGGACGAUGUGAGCUGCCUUUCUCAAGAUACGCAUAUUGGAAGACGACGUCCAUCAAGAAUGACUAGAACCUCAAACAACAAAACACCGUAUAUCAACUUCAUUACUGAAGCAUCAGAUUUGGCUGCUUCCCUUCGGGAAGCUCGCAGUGCCCGGAAUAUGCUGAGAAGAAAGGGGAAAUAA